GUGUGUUGCUGUUUUUGCAGGCAGCUGUGUGAAGUGCAACAAGGCGGUGUAUGGAGCCAGUCAGGCGUGUCAGGCCAUGGGGAGCCUCUAUCACGACAGCUGCUUCACCUGUAGCGCAUGCAGUCGAAAGCUCAGAGGGAAAGCCUUUUACUUUGUCUGUGGGAAAGUGUUUUGUGAAGAGGACUUCCUGUACUCUGGCUUCCAGCAGUCUGCUGACAAAUGCAGUGUGUGUGGACAUUUAAUCAUGGACAUGAUCCUGCAGGCGCUGGGGAAGUCUUACCACCCAGGCUGCUUCCGCUGCGCCAUCUGUAACGAGAGUCUGGACGGAGUGCCUUUCACUGUGGACACCGAGAACAAGAUCUACUGCGUGAAGGACUACCACAGGGUUCUCGCUCCUAAAUGUGCAGCCUGCAAUCAGCCCAUCCUUCCCUCUGAGGGAUCGGAUGAAACCAUUCGCGUGGUCUCCAUGGACAGGGACUAUCAUGUGGAGUGUUACCACUGUGAGGACUGUCAGAUGGAGCUGAAUGAUGAAGAAGGUCACCGCUGUUAUCCUCUAGACGGACACUUGCUCUGCCACGCGUGUCACCUAAAACACAUCGACCCCCAGUCCACAGCAAACAACUUCCACACUCACUUUUAGACAUCUGCACUGCACAAAUACGCUUUUCUUAUGUAGAUUUGUUGUCUUGUUUCUUGCCCAAAUACCUCAAAAUUCCUAAAUCAAGAAGCAUUUAAUUGACAAGCAGAACAUAAUGUCUUGUUUUAGGAAAUAAUGUGUAAAAUUAAUGUGAGUUUUUUUCUAAAAACAAGAUUAUUUUGCUUGUUUUAAGGAAAAACUCACUUUAUUUUGGCACAUUACUUCUGAAAAUAAAAUAAUAUUUUAUGCCUGUCUAAAAAAUAAUUCUUCAUUUAAGAGGUUUUAGAUAUUUGGGCUAGAAACAAGACAGAAUCUAAGAAAGAAAAGCAUUUUUUGCAGUUUGACGCCCUCCUGUGGCACUUCACAGACAAUACCAAAGAUGCUCCGCUGGUGCAAUACCAAAUUCAGUCAAGAUUGCGUUAUAAAUGUGUGAGAUACAGUGGAUAUAAAAAGUCUACACCCGUGUUAAAAUGCAAGGUUUUAGUGUUGUAAAAAAAUAAAACUAGAGUAGAACUUUUUCCUCACACCUUUAAGGCAAUACUUUGUUGAAGUAAAUAAAAAACUAAAAUAAAGUGGUUGCAUUAGUGUACACACCUUUAAGGCAAUACUUUGUUGAAGUAAAUAAAAAAUAAAGUGUUUACUGUAGUUUCAUUUUUAUACAAGACAGAAACCUUGCAUUUUAACAGGGGUGUGUAGACUUUUUAUAUCCACUCUCCAUCAUUAUUAUAUUACAUCAUUUAAGAAAUACUUCUAUUUAUAUUUUAUUAUUUUAUAUUUAGCUUUUCCAUUAUUAUACAAAUGCUGUACACGAUGAGCCGCUGGCUUACACGGCAAUAUUGCUGCAGAGUUUUUUGUAAAUAUAGCAACUAUUACGAAACCUUUAACUGAGUUUCUCCAAAGCCAAGGAAGAAUAUAUAAGCUUUUAUUUAAGUUUUACUAAAGGUGUGCUCGGUAAUUGUAUUCAUUCUCUUCUUGUACUGGUUUAUAUAGCUGUUUUAUUAUUAGUAUUAUUAUUUUGUUUUGGUGUACUGAUACAUGUACAAUACAUAGUCAAGCUCAAUUUACACCAACAGAUGUUUAUUUGGGGUGUAAUAGAUAAUGUACUUCACGUUUACCAAAUAGACAUGGCUAUUUAUGAAUGUAUAUUUAUUAUAGUAAUAUAGACCCAGUUGCAUGAAAAUUGGGUAUUAAAAUCAGUUAAUGUUCUGUCACACUUCAAAAAAAUGGCUCCUCUCUGAGUUUUUGUCUUGUUUCUAGUCUAAAUAUCUACAAAUUCUUAAAUCAAAAAGCAUUUCCUUGUCAAGUAAAAAAUAUUGUCUUGUUUUUAGAAAUGAUAUCUCAAAAAUAAGUGUGUCUUUUUCUUAAAACAGCAAAAUAAUCUGUCAAUGGGGUAAGUCAAAUAAUCUUUCAAAGCGAAAACAGGGUACCCCCGGGACCCUCCUAAUUAAAUUCACAGCUUUUUAAGACCUUUUUAUUACCAUUUCAAAUGAAAUUUAAUGCCUUUGUACCCAUUCCGACAGAAGUAUGAGGGGAAAAUGUAAAAUCUGUAUAAAUUUUGAACCCUAGAAAAUAAUUAUGUACAAGUGACUACUUAAAUUGAAUAAAACAUUUUUAAAAGCACACACACACACACACACACACACACACACACACACACACACACACACACACACACCUGUAACAAGCUGUCUGUAUAAAUCCACACACACAUAGACACAAAGCACCAAGCAAGCAACAAAGCAUUACGCUCUCUCUCAUUCACACACAUAAACACACACACAUAUGCGCGCUUGCUCGCUCGGGAGCUUAAGUGCCAGUGAAAGACUGUCCAGAAAACUCCUGCUAUGAAAUUGAGCACUGUUUCUGUUUUUAAGCAGUUAGAGCAUUGUAAAUACUCGCGCUCGCCUCCCUCGCCAUAGUAGCGUAAGUUACAGCGACGCACUUUCUGCUAUGACGUGGAGCGUGAGUUGCACUCAGCGAUACGCUGCAUGAUUUUUAAUUAGCCUACAUUAGUAACAGGUCAUUUUGUUAUGGUAUGAACUUUAAUCCUAGGGAAGGCAAAAAUAAAUAAAUUAUUUAAGAUCUUCGUAGCGAAAUCCAAGACUUUGUAUACCAAAUUCAAGGCUAUUAAGGCCUUAAUUUGAGAUUAUCAAAUUUAAGACUUUUUCAAUGCUUUUCAGACCUCACGGGUGCUCUAAAAAACAAAAUUAUUUUGCUUGUUUAUGGGGAAAACUCAGUUAAUUGUUGCAUAUUAUUUCUAAAAACAAGACAAUAUUUUUUACUUGAAAAGAAAAUGCUUCUUGAUUUAAGAAUUUGUAGAUAUUCAUACUUGAAACAAGACAAAAACUUGCAGAUUUAAUUAAUUUUAUAUGGAAGGUUGUUUCCACCACAGUAAAAGUAAUAAAAAAUGUGUAAUUGGGACUCAAAAUAGAAAAUUUUUACAAAAAAUA